AUGGCAGAUUUUGGGAUCUCAGCUGGCCAGUUUGUGGCAGUGAUCUGGGAUAAGUCAUCCCCGGUGGAGGCUCUGAAAGAUCUGGUGGAUAAGCUUCAAGCCUUAACUGGCGAUGAGGGCCGAGUGUCUGUGGAAAAUAUCAACCAGCUGUUGCAGUCUGCCCACAAAGAAUCUAGCUUUGACAUUGUUUUGUCGGGUGUAAUUCCUGGAAGCACCACUCUGCACAGUGCUGAGAUUUUGGCUGAGAUGGCCCGGAUUCUUCGGCCUGGUGGAUGUCUUUUUCUGAAGGAGCCUGUAGAGACAGCUGUAGUUAACAAUAGCAAAGUGAAGACGGCAUCUAAGCUGUGUUCAGCCCUGACUCUUUCUGGUCUUGUGGAAGUAAAAGAGCUGCAGCGCGAGUCCUUGAGCCCUGAGGAGAUUCAGUCUGUCCGAGAACACCUGGCUUACCACAGCGACAGCCUGCUCUCUGUGCAGAUCACAGGCAAAAAGCCCAACUUUGAAGUGGGCUCUUCUAGUCAACUUAAGCUUUCUACUGCCAAGAAGUCUUCCGGGAAGCCUGCUGUGGACCCUGCAGCUGCCAAGCUCUGGACCCUCUCAGCCAAUGAUAUGGAGGAUGAGAGUGUGGAUCUUAUCGACUCAGAUGAACUGCUGGAUGCAGAAGAUCUGAAGAAGCCAGACCCAGCUUCCUUGAGGGCCCCUUCCUGUGGGGAAGGGAAAAAGAGGAAAGCCUGCAAGAACUGCACCUGUGGCCUCGCAGAAGAACUGGAAAAAGAGAAGUCGAGGGACCAGAUAAGCUCUCAGCCCAAGUCGGCUUGUGGAAAUUGCUACCUGGGCGAUGCUUUCCGCUGUGCCAGCUGCCCCUACCUUGGGCUGCCGGCCUUCAGGCCCGGGGAGAAGGUGCUCCUAAGUGACGGCAGCCUCCACGAUGCCUAG